AUGGCUAGGUACAGGAAAAACGAAACAGCUGAACAAUCCUCUGAUGAAGAGGAGCUAUUCUCUUACCUAAAAAAGGUACAUACAGUCAAACAAGCAACACAUGAAACUAAAGAAGCAAGUCCUGAUGCAUACACUGAAAAAUCACGUACUAGUAACCCAGAUGACAUACGUCAAGUAAGCCAGACUAGUGAGACUACAACUGAUGUUGUAUUAGAUAAUACUGAUGUAACAUCAGAGAAAGGAAUGCAGAACUCUGAUAAAAGCACUGAUAAAACAUUUGAUGACAGUGAGACAAACCUGAUAGAUGUAGAACAGCACAUAGCAGCACAAAGUGGUGAAAACAAACAUACUUAUAACACUGAUGAGAAAAGUACUGUAAAACUUGCAAACAGUGAACAUAAUUUUGAACAGCAGAUUGAAAUAAACAGUUGUACAGAAUCAAAAGCUGAGUUGAAUAAUUUAGGAAAUUUCACAGAUAGCAGUAGCAUUGAGGUAGUUGAGGAACAAAAAACUGAAUUUAUUGCUAAAACGAAAAACUCAGGUCUUCUGAAAGGGAAAGAUACUAAAGCAGAUGAUGGUAUUGUUAGCAAGCAGAAUCCUGAAAGUUCAAGAGAAAGUGACAAAUAUUAUCUGAUAAAUGAAAAGGACUGGCUUUCUCUAUGUGCAAAGCUGUCAAGUACAGACAAGCAAACAAAUUUCAAAGAGGAGCAUGAGCCUAGUAAAACAGAUGCACUACAAGCAGGCAAUUGUGAUAAACAAGAUGUGAGCAGUGCAUCUUUGACAAAGACAAAGCCUUUGUCUGUAAAGGGUAAAAGUAUGUUCAGUGCUUUUAAACAAUACAAUCCAUUUACCAAGGCUACAUUGAGGAAAGCAGAUCUUGAACAAAAACCACAUCAAGCUAGCCCUCAGAAAGUGAAUGUGACAACAGAAACUAAGAAACUAAACAUUAAUAGUGAAGGACAAACAAAGUCACCAUUUGGAAAUGAGCUGAACAAGUCGAACAAUGAAAGUAAGACUUCAGAAGAUCCUAAAACAACAGCUUCACCAAAAGUAGAAAUAGUGUAUAUAAGACUUGAAGAUGGACAGAUUAAAUACGAUAUCAACAAAUCUCCUUUAGCAACCACUGCAAGUAUAGAGGAGACAAAUCUUCAAGCUGUUAAGAAACUGGAUUUUUCAGAACACAAGCAGGAACUUGCUUUUGAAAAUAGACCGCAAGGAGGUCAGAGUAGGGCCACACAUAAUCUGCAAAAUUCAUCACAAGAAAAUGAUAACUGGUAUAAUUUCCCAAAUGCAAUUGAAGAAAACUACAUGUAUGAACAAUCUAAUCCUAAUACAUCGUUUACAAGGGCAGAUAAUACACAUUAUGACACAGGAUUCAAACCUGGCAUGCAAGUUCGUUUUGUUCGAAUUAAUAACAAAUUGACAAGAGUGUAUGAAAAUGUUGAGCGUAAUGUAGUUGAUGAAGUAUUAUAUUCAGAUGAUGAACAUAAUAAAAGUGAUCAUCAGGAACAUUCAAGCUUAGAGCAUUGUGAUAAUGAUCAAGAUGACUCUUUUAAUUUUGAUGACAGUCAGUUAGUUGCAUUUCCAUUGAAUGCAGUUGAUCCUGAAAUGAUUAUUAAAGAUGAUAGUCUUGCUCAGCUGACACCUUCUAAAUUGGAAUUUCUUAAUACAUCAGGUAAACAUGAUCCAUUGACUCCCAACAAAUCUGAAUUCCUUACGCCAGGUAAACAAGACCCACUGACACCAAACAAACUUGAAAUGUUUACACCAAGUAAAUUAGAAUUGCUGACUCCAAGCAAACUUGACAUUCUUUCAACAAGUGAGGUAGACAUUAUUAGUGAUGAUACUGAUAUUAAGAAAUUUGAUGAAUAUCUUUCUUCACCAAAUCAGAACACAGCUACAGCAGCCAACCAAGCAGAUGUUCUAAAUGCACAUUUUGAGACAGAGUCUCCAAUAGUUUUGAAAGUUACUAAAUCAGGUGGGCUUGUUCAGUGCAAAAGUACCGAAAGUAGUCCAGAGAGAAAUGUGCAUAAGCAGCAAAACAGCAUAACAACCAAUGAAAAUAAGGCUCAGAGUCAAAAGUCACACAUUCAGAACCUUUGGAAAACAUUCAAACCAGUUCAGAGGAAAAGCAAAGCAAAUGUAAAGCAAAGUCUAUCAAUUAAAAAAAGUGAAGAUGCUGGUUAUGAACAUAUAGAGAACUAUGAUGAUAGAAGUGAGCAGUCCAGUGACGAGGAUGAUUUGACAAAUUACUUUUCUAUGACAAACCAUGCUUCUAAAAAUUCUGCCAAUGCUCAGCAGUCUAUUGAUCUCUCAAAAGAGAAAUCUGAAAUAACAAGCUCUUCAGUUUCAAUACAGGCAUCAUUUCCUGACUCUAGUGAUGACUCAAGUGAAAAAGAAGGAAAAUUGAAACAGAUAAAGCAGAAAGUUAGAAAAAGAAAAUUCUGUGAAGUUGAAGAUAGAAAGAAGAUAAAUUAUAAAACUGUAAAAACGAAAAAUGCUAUAGCUGAAGCUGAGUUAAAGGCACAGUCAGCUGGUAAAAAGAGGAAAGGUAAUAGACAGAUUUUGCAUUUUUACAAGGAUUUUAAUUAUAAACAGGUUGAAUUCAAAGAUUUUGAGCUGGAAGAAGCCCAGAAGUCAAAAGCUACUAAUAUGGAUAAGCGGAAAGUUGACUUCCACAUUGAAGAAAACACAGCAUUGGAAAAACAUCCUGACAAUGAGAAAAUAAAAGAAGAUGAUGAAGUACAAUCUACUGUGAAAGUGAAAGAAGUAAGAGUAAGAAAGACGAGAGUAAAUGGUAAUAAAGAAGUGAAACAAAGAAAUGUCACUUUAAAAGAGCAAGGGAAAAGUAAGGGUAAUAAGAAAUCAUGUUUAAAGACAGGUCUGGACCAAAAAGAAAGUAAAAUGAUCAAGAAUUCUGUGGAAGAAAAUGAAACUUUCCACAUUGAAGGAAACACAGCAUCGGAAAAACAUCCUGAUAAUGAGAAAUUAAAAGAACUAGACAAAGUACAAUCUACGGUCAAAGUAAAAGAAAUGAAAGUAAGAAAGAGGAGAGUAAAUGGUAAUAAAGAAGUGAAACAAAUAAAAGACACUUUAAAAGAGCAAGGGAAAAGUAAGGGUAAUAAGAAACCAUGUUUAAAGACAGGUCUGGACCAAAAAGAAAGUAAAAUGAUCAAGAAUUCUGUGGAGGAAAAUGAAACUUUCCACAUUGAAGGAAACACAGCAUCGGAAAAACAUCCUGAUAAUGAGAAAUUAAAAGAACUAGACAAAGUACAAUCUACGGUCAAAGUAAAAGAAAUAAAAGUAAGAAAGAGGAGAGUAAAUGGUAAUAAAGAAGUGAAACAAAUAAAAGACACUUUAAAAGAGCAAGGGAAAAGUAAGGGUAAUAAGAAAUCAUGUUUAAAGACAGGUCAGGACCAAAAAGAAAGUAAAAUGAUCAAGAAUUCUGUGGAAGAAAAUGAAACUUUCCACAUUGAAGGAAACACAGCAUUGGAAAAACAUCCUGAUAAUGAGAAAUUAAAAGAACUAGACAAAGUACAAUCUACGGUCAAAGUAAAAGAAAUAAAAGUAAGAAAGAGGAGAGUAAAUGGUAAUAAAGAAGUGAAACAAAUAAAAGACACUUUAAAAGAGCAAGGGAAAAGUAAGGGUAAUAAGAAAUCAUGUUUAAAGACAGGUCAGGACCAAAAAGAAAGUAAAAUGAUCAAGAACUCUGUGGAAGAAAAUGAAACUGGCAUGAAGCCAGAGUGCAAAGCUGAUGACAACACUGACACGUACUCGAAUGUUGAAAGCCAAAAGAAAAUUGAAUUCCUAGAAAAAUUAUUCCAGAUAAAGUUGAAAGAGGCAGCAACUGACACUACAAACAAGAAAAGAAAUACAUCCUCCAUGAAAACUUUACAUGAAGAAAAUAAUGAAAGUGUUACAGGCAGAAAAUUAAAGAACAGGCGGAAAUCUUCAGGUGCUAAUACUGUACGCAGUAAAGGAAAUAAAGUUUUAGAGUUACCAGUAGCAGAAGAAAGUGUUGAAAAUGGCAAACAAGUAAAUGUUACAAAUGAAAAUAUUCUAGGAGUUAAAAAGGGUAAAAGAAGAAAAGAUGAGAUCUUUGAUAGUGUGGUUUCAAUUGUAAAUAAAGAACAAGAUUUAAAUACAUGUCAGUCAGACAAAACAGCUGCAGGAAGUAGAAUAAAGAACAAAUGUUCUGAAAAAAUAGGAAAAGGUAGGCACAGAGAUGGUCAGAAUACUCCCAAGGUAAAUGUAAAUCUAGAAAUGGAUACAUUAGAUGUCAGAAAAAGUGGUAGCAAUGAAAGAAUUCAAAAUGUUGAUAGGGCAAGUCCUCCAGAAGUAAAGAAGCCAAAAGGUAGGAAAAGAAAACAAAAUAUCACUUUUGGUGAUCAGAUUAAAGGCAGUAAGAAUAAAGCACAGGUAUUGCAAACAAUAUGUAAAUGUGAUUGUUACAAGAUAAAGCAAGCUGGUGCUGGAAGUAGAUCAAAUAAUCGAGGAAAGAUAGCAAAAAGAAAAUCAAAGAUGUCUGCGAAUGCAGAUGAACUUAAAACUGAAAAAUUGAAUAGACAAAUGGAUGAACCUAGUCUGCCAGAGAAUGUUGUUGAAAUGGAAUUCACGAAAUUAAAGAAACCCAGAGGUAGGUCAAUUACAAAGAUCGCUAAAGAAGAAAAAUUAGAAGCAAAAUCAUUGACAAAUAGUGUAAGUGAUCAGCAGGGAUUUGUAGAUAACAUUGAAAUAAGACCAGGUGAUGCUGGUGAAAAGAGCAAAAAGAAACCAAGUGCACAGACAACAAAAAAUAUUUUGAAAGGAAAUACACAGUUAGUGGAUGGAGCAAUAGAAGGCCAACUUGAUAAUACUAUAAAGCAUAUUGAGCCAUCUGAAAGGUCAGUUUUUGUAAAUUGUGAUGAAAAGCUUAGUUCAAGUAUUGAAGAUCUCAGUAGUCAUGAUGGUAUUGUUUCUAUUUUAGCAACAUUUCAGCCAUUGCAAGAAGCUUCAAGUCAAAAACUUGAACAGAAAACAAAGAUAUCAAAAAGAAAGAAAAAAGAAAGUGAUAAACAGAAUGUGAGUAAAAGUAAGAAAAUGAAACAACAAGCAGAGGCUGACGAUACAUUUUUGAAAGAAACUGAAGAAGAACCAGUAUUGACACAUGACGGUAAUAUGAGUUACUUAAAAUUGAAACAGUUUAAACAAGAAAGCAUUAGUUAUCUAGAUGAAGAUGAAAGUGAGAUGCCAUUAGACUUGUCUCUUCAACAGACAGAAGCUCAAGAGGUGAAAGGAAGUUCCUCUUCUGAAGACAUUGAUAAAAACGCAAAAAGGACGUCUUUGAAAAGGUUGAGAGAUGGAAAAGUACUUGAAAAGAGCAUAUCGAGAAAGGUAGCUAGUCCUAAAAAAUUGAAAUCGACAAGAAAACCUUGCUCAAGCAGGAAAAUAAAAACUGUCACAAAGAGACAAGAAAAAGAAUCUUGGAAAGAUAUGCUCGAUGAUGGAGCAUUUAAAUUAGACUGUAAUGAAAAGAUGAAUGAGAAACACAAACCAGUAAAUGUAAGACAUAUGAUUAAAGACAUCUUAAAAUCAGUAAAAGGGGCAGAGAAAAUAAGCGACAGACAUGUGAAACUCAAGGAAAGAAAAGAUGGAAGUCAUAAACGUUGUAAAUCGAAUGUAGGGAAUACAAAACAAAGAGUGACAUCAGAAAGCGAUGACGCGUGGCUUAGUGAUUCAGGUCCAGGUGUAUCAUUUCCAGCAUUUAAGUUCACAGGAAUGAGUGAUUCAGAAGAAACCAGAGAAUCUAUAAAAUCUCAAACGGUUGAUAACGGAUUAGAAAUUAGUACAAGUGCAAACAGUAGCGAAUCUGAAUUAGAUAGAAGUGAAAAUGAUAGAGUAACUGAAAUAUCAGAUUCCAAAUUAUUUAAACAAACAAGUGGUAGAACUGAAAAUAAUUACAUGGAGCUACAUCACUCCCCAUUGAAGGUUUCUAGCUCACUUGGAACAAACAGUGCGUCUUCAGAAAAUUCACAUUUGACAUCACUUGAAACAAAGGAAUUGGUGGAGAAUUCAAAGGAGAGUCCGGAAAUGAAAAAGAAUGUGGAUAAGCUAAGGGCAUUAUUAGAUAAAGUCAGUGAUAAAAGAGUAGUAAAAAAUUUACAGUUUGCAGAUACUGUAAGUUUGUCUGAUACUGAACAUUAG